UUCAAAAAUCAGUUGCCCAUAACAUUUUGAGGAGAAGAAGUUAAAGCCAUGCGAAGUCAAGCUGCAAUUAACGAUUUAAGAAAUCAGCCAGGACAAAUCGAAGUUGCGAGUAGAAGUCACAACGCCAACGAUGGCGAAGCAGAAGCAUCCAAAUAUAACUUUAUGGUGGUAAUUGCCACUGUGACCUGGUUGUUGCUCACCUGUAUAAGUGUCUUCAUUUAUUGCUGCAAUUACUGGGAAAUGUGCAAAUCCCAGAGGAGAAGGGCAAGGAUAGUGCCGGAGGAAGACUUCGAAUUGGAACUGGAGCAACAGAGUAUGCUUCUCUCCCAGACUAACGAUGGCUGCUGCUGAGCGAUUGAGCUGAGCUGCAAUUGCAGUUAUACUUGAGGAUAGGGAUUAGCAGAAAAGUGAAGUGAGACUGGAAGGUCGCCAUCCGCUAGAUAUUUUACCAUGAGAACAAAGCGAAUAAGUAAAAAGUUUUU